GCAGGCAGGCAGGCAGGCAGGCAUAUGCCCUGCAACCCCUCUGAAACCCCUCCUUUGUCUCCAACCUUUUGUUUCUUCCUGUUCUCUCCCCCCACUCUCUGCUCUCCUACGCAGCAGCAUUCAACACUCCUCCGUACUCCUCUCCCUCCUUGGUUGGGUAGCUGCUACCUGUGACUGUGACUGUGAGAGCUGCUGAGGUGUUUAGUUGGAGCGGUAUAUAAGCUGGCCCUCAUGGUCGACCACGGGCAGGCAAAGCACACGAUCUUUUGUUGUGUCGGCUGGUGUUUCCGCUAAGAUAAUCUAAGCUCCAAGCUUAGCAGGCCAGAUCGACGACCAUGGCGCCUAGAACAGCCAGCAGGGAAGGGAACUCCGGCGGCGGCGGGGUGAGGCAGUACAACCGGUCCAAGGUGCCGCGCCUCCGGUGGACGAGCGCCCUGCACCGCUGCUUCGUCCACGCCAUCCACAGCCUCGGAGGCCACGACAGGGCGACGCCGAAGCGGGUGCUGCAGGUGAUGGGGGUUGGAGGGCUCACCAUUUCGCAUGUCAAAAGCCAUCUGCAGAUGUACAGGAACAUGAGGAAUGAUCUUGGAAUGCAAGGGAUGCAGCAAGCAGUGCAACAGUCGGGCCAGAAGGAGCACGAACACCCAACAGGAGGAGGCAUAGAAGUCUGCACCGAUGAUGAUGAUGAGGAGUACCAUGUCCCCGGCUUCGACUCGCCAAAGCCUAGAAAGGGGUCGACGACGCUGCCGCUCCACCCGCAACUAAAAAGGAGGGCAGGGGCAUCUGAGACGGGGACAAGGGAGGAGGCGAGCGCGAGCCCCACGAGCCUGUUGAGAGUGCAAAGAGGAGGAGGAAUAUGCGUGGGUAGGGACAUGGCGUCGCCGUCCAGCCACGCACCGGCGGCAGUAGGUGGCCACUACUACGUGCGUAUGGAUAUGAUGCAGGCGCAUGCCGUGCUUCAAGCGCCACCCAUGGCCGCGGCUCGCUUGGGGGAGCCCCGCCCUUCGAUGCCGCUUGGAAUAAAGCAGAAGCAGAAGCAGCGGCGAGAGCCCUGGAUGCCUACAGCAAGGUUGCACCGCGGCGGCGAUGGCGAACUCGCCGCCUCCACGCUCAAAUUCUUGGGGUUCCUGGUGGCUCCGGGGCGUCAUCCUCCCCGUGCCCGUGCUGCCUGCUGCGAUGGCUACCCUAUUGAGGUCAGCACGCCUCCUAACCGCCCCGCCGCAUACAUGGCCAGCCACACCGACGGUGUCCGUCCGUGCAGACUCGAGCCGCCAGGCAACGUCGUCGACGCCGGAGUCACGAAUCUGACUCUGGCCAGCGAACGCGACGGUGGCUGCUCGCUGUCGCUGUCGCUAGCGCUGGCCCUGUGCCCGGCCGGGGGCGGCGGCGCCGAGAGCAGCCUGCUCUCGUCGUCGACAGCGUCGUCGUUGUCUUCGUCGGGGAGUCGGAUCAGUCUCGACCUGUCGCUGUCCACGCUCGACUCGUAGAUACCGGCCCACUGGUUCACAU